AACACCAGUCUCAGCUCUAUGGGCUACUAUCAUAUCUUUCCUGGAUCUGGAAAGUUAGCGACAUGCAACAUGGACGCGCGGCUAACAUGCGACCAGUCUCAUGAAGAGUCCGAUCGUCGAAGUCAUCGUUGGCUCAGGAGACAACCGCACCACAUACUCAGCACACGAGGCAGUUCUCGUCAAGUCACCAGAGUUCGCCAAACAGGUCGAGAAGUUUGCGCCAGGAGGGCCUCGUCAAAUUGUUUACACAGAUUGCGAUGUCGAUGCCAUGGGCUCAGUCGUCGAAUACCUCUACACAGGCGAAUACUUCCCCAAGAAGACGUCAGCCGCACGCGAUGCGCCCCUCGAAAAAGAUCCGCGACAGCCUUCUACCGAUAACGAGGGCUUGGGUCUACUUGUCCACGCACGUAUUUACACGCUUGCCGACCGUCUCCAGCUUCCCGAAUUGAAAUCGCUCGCACAUUCCAAGAUCCACCGUACAGCGUCGACCGCAAAGGGCGAGCUUGCUUACGCACGCUACGUAUACAAGGAGUCCAACCCAGAAGAUGCCACGAUCCGCAAGCCUGUCGUUGCUUUCUGGGCCACACGCAGCUACAGCCUGCGCCACGACGCAGAGCCAGAGUUCAAGGCCAUGUGUCUGGAAUUUCCGCAAUUCUCGUAUGAUGUGCUGCAGCUCGUCUUGGACCAACAGGAGAAGAAGCGUGGUGGUGGUGGUGGUGAUGAUGGACCAAGCCGAAGUGGACCGACUGUGGUUCCUGGAAGCACGAGAAAGAGGGCUAGAGUGAGUCAGGUGUAGAUGCGAUAGUCGAUGUUGCAUCGUGCUGGAUUUGCCUCGCCGUCCUAGACCACGGCUACAUCAACCUCUUUCACAACGGAAUCAAG